AUGUCAUCAGGACCUCCGGAAGCCUACCCAGGUCAGCCGACCGUUCCUGUAGAACAGGCAGAGAUGGAGUACGAUGAGUGGGGCGGUCCUGUGACCGGUCACCACAGGAUUGAUGAGGGGCACGACCAAGAAGUAUGGGACAGCACGCAAGUCCCGUACGCUCCGCCACCCGGUGGCGAACCGCAUAUUCAACACGCACAUGACCCGCUGCUCGAUCAAGAAGAGCCUCCAGUCCCACAGCAAGGUCAAAUGGACCCUUCCCAUGAAUAUGGGAUGCCAGGUGAGUAUCCUCUGGCAGGCACCGAACAGCUCGAGCAAUCUCAGGGUGCGUACAUCGCACCUCCUGCACCGGCUGGGGAAGCGGUCAGCGGCGGCACCUGGUACCCCGACGCGCCAGUGCCGGAGCUGAUCCCAUCUGGCGAGCCUCUUCAGGAGGUGAGAGACCCUUAUGAAGGCUACCAGCACCUCCAACCCCCUCAGUCCGCUCGCCGGCCACCCCCACAGAUCCAGCCACACGACCAGUACCGGGGACGACAGCCGCCACAGCCGAACGACCUUCACGCGGAGCGAGGUUACUCAGUCCACCACCGCGAUGUACCUCCGGCAAACUAUCACGGGUUACAUGAGGAAUGGCAGGGACCUUCAGGAAGAGACAGGCGUCCAGAUCGUUCAAGUCAUGAUCGAUACGAGCGCGAGGGCGGAGACUGGUACGACAAGCCUCGAAAGCGCGUCCCAAGGUAUUCGGAUCAGGAUGAUCGUAGACCGCCGCGGGAGCGAUCUUCCUCGUCCGGGCCCCAAGUUCAGGUGUAUGCGGCCAAUCAGCCCCAUGCUGCCCCUGCAGCGGCCCCCGCCGCGCCUGGAGUCAACAUGGGGGAGACCAUGCAGAUGAUGAUGAUGAGUCAGAUGAUGCAGCAGCAGAUGGCAGCGCAGCAAAUGCAGGCCGCACAGAUGGCUUCCAUGAUGGGUCAGAAUAAGCAAGGAGGGGCCGGGAGUGGCGGCUGUGGGCAGAAAUCAGCUUGUGGCAAAAAGAAGGGAUCGACAAAGGUCAGCAUACAAGGUGGACCCAAGGUGGUUAGGCGGGUGGUCAGGAAGAAGACCGAGUCCAAGCCUGCUGUCGUGGUCAAGAAAGUGGCAGUACCGGUCAGGGCUCCCCUUCUCCAGCCGCCUAUAGGCAUUGGAGGCGUUGAAGAGAGUGGCGGGUUCGAGAACUGGCAGGAGGCGACUAUCAUUCUUUGUCUAAUGAUCGUCGGCUUGAUCUACAUGGUCAGCUCCCGGGCGUCUGCGCCGGUGCCUGCGGAUGACAAGAAGGCCACUCGACAUCUAGCCGGUCCAGGGUGA